CUUCGCCAAGCUGUCAAAUCGAAGAGAGCGUUGUUUGUAUACGAAAUUUAUCUCGGGGAGUGUGGACGUUUGGCGUCGUUCGCAGACGCAAAGAAGCUCGCUCGAGGUGAUCCCGGAUUCGAGUGUGUACCUGGUUUCGCGCACAUUGUGCGUCUUACGUCGGAGGUGUCCGUUUUCGGCGAUCUGCCAGCGUGAUCGAGGAAUACUUGCUGCGUGAUCGAAGCCUCUCGUCAAAGUUCCUCUCGUCUUAUUUCGUGAUUUUGACCUGUUCGGUAUACGCGACCGGGUGAGAGCGCAGUUCUUCGCCGCAGUUUUGCGAUCGAUCGAUCACGCGAUCAGGAUGAAUCGUACGAUGGACGAGAAAGAGGAGUUGGUGAAGAAGGCCUUAUUUAGUUUUGUCAGGAAGCAGGUGCCCAAUGCACAAUUAAGCUUGAUAGACGACAUUGUACUCAGUUAUGUAGUGAGUAUGGUUGAGGAAAGUGCGUUGGAAGAAACGUUAGAUGUGGACGGAUUGUGCGAAAUGGUAUCGGCUUGCCUUCCUGAGUUUUCUACCAUUAAAAAAGAAGCCGUGUCAAAGUGGCUACUGGAUGUAGAAAGUAAACUGAAACAAGAAAGUAAAGAAAAUGAAAGUUGUCAAACUCAUAGCGAUCCAUUGAAUCACAUCAGUCUGACUGCUCUCCUGCCGGCUGGCGCGCAAAGAAUGAGAGUUCAUCAUCUCUCAGAAACAAGCGACGCCGGCAGUGAUUCCAGUGGUGAAUACUAUUCAGAGGAAUCCUCUUGGCAUCAAGUAGCUCUGUUGCAAGAAAUGUUUCCGACAGCAAGUACGGCGGAAGCGAGGCACUGCCUAGCAGUAGCUGGAGGUGAUAUAGCUAAAGCCGCACAACUUGCGAUACAUCGUCAGGAAGCGGGUCAAAGUAUCGUGAGCAAUCUUACAUUUUUGACGCCCAAUGGUCGUAACAAAGCAAGAUUGAAUGACGAAGAGCUGAAGUCUCGUAUUAUAGCGCGGUACAGUUAUGUCGACCGGGACGACGAUUGCCGCGAACAUCGUCCGGUCGCGCCGAAAACGGAGCCCAAGAAAUUGGUGCGAUAUCUCGACAACAAGAUCGUAAGUGUGAAGGGUGAACGUUACACGGAAGUGCGAAGGGGUGGCGAAGACGAAGACGGUAACGAAGGAGGUAGAAAAAGAGGACACUGCCGUCCGUAACCAGUCCCUUUGCCUCCACCCCCCGAUCCACCCCCUUGGAGGCAUCUGAUUUUCGAUUCGAUUUUUAUAUUAGAUCUUUACUUAUUCAUAUAUAUCAAUAUGAACGUAACAUUAACUUUAAACAGAUGUUCUAGCUUUUGACGAUUACUUUCCUUUCUACUUAAUGCAGCUUGUAGAAUUCUUAAAACUUUUUUCGAGUACCUUGAAUUCAUCAAAUUCAAGUCGCGCUGUCUGUUAGUCUGUUUUUCUCUCUUUAUCUAGAUUUUCAAAUCAUCAUCAUAAUAAAAGCAGAAUUCUGCUGCUAGUCGUGGAUGAUAAUAGGUAAAUUAAAUUGUCACCAUUCGACUCUAGGAAUAGUAUUUUUUUUUUUUUUUACGUUAUCCGUUUUACCUGAUUUUUACCUAAUAAUCAUUUAACACACAUUACAUUACACAAAUUAUGUGCAAUGGCCAUUAAGUAGAUAUCUACAUAAU